AUGGGCAAAGGUGAAAGAGACGAAGCUUGCGCUGCUCUGACUGGUCUCAUUCUCUCGUCGCUGCUCGACGAAUUCAUCCUCGACUGCACGCUCCAGGCGCACCGCGAGGUAGCCAAGAGCACAACCAUUUGCAAAGUAUGCAACACGAGGUGUAGUUCUGUCCACUUGCCCAACAGCCUCGCCGCCGCAUGCGCCAACCAGAACGGCUCGAGAUCGGGCACACCCUCCUCCAUUGGUGAUAAAUCGCACACCGGCACUAACACACCGACCAACGGGAAGAGCGACGGGAAUCUCUUGCUGGAAUGUAUCCAAUGCAACAGACAGGUUGGGAUCUCCGUCAAUUUCACCCGAAUCCCCCGCUGCUCAUGCAUGGGCCUCUCCAAUUCCCGGCGCGGUGCUCCGAGGUCUGGUACCAAGCUAAAGGCGCCAUCCGACGCUGGUCGAUCGGCGUCACCUUCCUCCGAAGCCUAUCUCUCCGACGACAGGAGCGUCGGUAAAUCCAAAUCGUACGGCAAAGGUAAACAAGACGACGAGUACACUCUCAAACGGAAACGACCUCUAUCACCUCAAGUCACGCCAAGCAAGAAGAGCAAGAGCAAGCUCUCUGGUGAAUUCGGGCUUCCGUCGAACGUAUCGUAUACUCACCGAAGCCCAGGCUCCCCCAUCUCCCGGGUCAAAGCCGACCCCGUCAGCUCAGGUGUCCCAGGCGGCUCUCACUACUCACCAACCACCAAAUCACAAUCACGCAUCCCUUCCAAACUGCGCGACUCUUCGAUCGCACCAGACCACUACUCUUCCUCUUCUCGUUCGUCAUCACCCGAGGCCGGUUCGAUACCCACACCGGCUUCUUCGUCUUUCACUCGAAGUCCGAAUUUGAGUUCUCGUCCCGUUACAGGGACAGGGAGACCAAGAGGUCGGCCUCCCGGUUCAGGCACUGGUCCACCUAAGCGCCCAAGCCCUCCACGGCUUCCAGCUGCUCCUGUUAUCCACCAUUUUGGCAUGGACGUCGAUGGCGAAGAAACGGUUCUUCAACCGACUCCAGCUCAGAGUGAUCUUAUCGACCACGUUCACUCCUUUCCUUCCCUCUGCACGGAUCGUUACGCGCAUGUUGUACUUUAUAUUUAUACCAAGUCUCUACGUCCAUGAUAUCAUCCUCUAAUGUCU